AUGGUGCGCCGAGCCAUUGCCUGUCGCCUCGGUGAAUUGGCACUCUCGAUGAUAGACACAUAUGAAGAGCGUCAGAAACAGUUAGCAUUGGCAGCCGCAGCUUCUGCGCCCACUACCACCACCACAAACUCCGCUUCAUCUAACAUUAAUGGUUCAAAAUUGAAGACAUCCUCCUCUCCUCGUGUACUAAAGCGUGUCCGGCGUCAGAGACACAGUAGACGGUCAGAUGGACCCUCGAAUAAAGCUAGAACCGGCCUGCCAGACGAAGCCGGCGAGGUUGGAACUUAUCAAUCAGCCAAAGAUGGCAAUUACUAUAGAAUUUUGGACAGCAAACAGAAUGACAAAGAAAACUUCGUUAUUCGUCCCGAAUGUUAA